AUGUUCUUCUUCAACUCGCGCACUAUAUCCAGUUCCGGAGGCAGCUAUGGUGACAAUAGCGACCUCAACGUCGCUGAGUUGAAAGCUAUCAUGAAGAACCUCAUCAUUCAUGAUCGUCCCCAGAAGACCCAAGCCGCUGUGUGGGCUACUGACCUACACAAGUCGACCAAGAAGAGCGGAUAUACUUAG